AUGGCGGAGAACCAAGCUGUCAAGACAAUCGAGGCCGGCGUGGCCAAGGUUGUCGACGCCCCUAUCCCCAAGCUCCCCGCCGACGACUACAUCCUCGUCAAGACCACCGCCGUGGCCAUCAACCCCACGGACUGGAAGCACGUCGACAUGGCGGACAAGGUGGGCUGCGUCGGCAUCUGGGUCGGAUGCGACUAUGCGGGUGUCGUCGAGGAGGUCGGUCCCGGCGUGACCAAGGACUUUAAGAAGGGUGAUCGCAUUUGCGGACCUGUCAAUGGAUCGAAUGGUCUGAGAGAGGUUGAUGGCGCCUUCGCCAAGUACAUCGUCGUUAAGGGUGACCUCCAAAUCAAGACGCCCGAUAACAUCUCCGACGAGGAGGCUGCCACGCUUGGUAUCGCCGUCACUACAGUUGGCCAAGGUCUCUACCAGACACUCAAGCUGCCCCUCCCCACGUCCCCCGCCAAGGAACCCAAGACAAUCCUCAUCUACGGCGGCAGCACGGCCAUGGGCGUCUCCGGAAUCCAGUACGCAAAGCUGUCGGGCUACAACGUCAUCACCAUGGCGUCGCCGCACAACUUCGACUACGUCAAGGAGCUCGGCGCCUCCGUCGUCUUCGAUUACAAGUCGCCCACCGUGUCCGAGGACAUUCGCAAGUACACCAACGACUCGCUGACGAUCGCUUGGGACUGCCAUUCGACGCUCGAGUCCGCGACGCUCAUCGCCAACGCCCUGUCGUCCACCAAGCCCAGCCUCAUCGCCACCCUGCUGUCCGUCGACAAGGCCAAGGUCCAGGAGGCCAACCCCAACGUCGACGUCCAGAUGACCGUGUACUAUACCGCCUUUGGCGAGCCGUUCGCCUACUUUGGCAGGGUCGAGGCCGUCCCCGAGAACUACGAGUUCGCGAAGCGCUUCUGGGACCUCAGCAGACAGCUUCUGGCGGACGGGAAGCUGAAGCCCGUCCGCGUCAUCAAGAACCGCGGCGGCAGCGGUUUGGAUGGUGUCCUUGUCGGCCUGAGCGAGUUGAGGGAGGGCAAGGUCAGUGCCGGCAAGCUUGUUUACACCAUCUAA